AUGAAGUAUUCGUCUUACUUCUAUGUUAAACGUCUAGCCGGGCUCGGCGAAUAUAGGCUACUUCCCUCACAGAGAGAUGGCGAUUUGUGCCAAGUUGAACGCUGUCUGCCACAACAGAAACAACACAUAUCAAGAGCACGGCAAAAGCGCGCCGGAUUUUGGCCUGCCGCCGUCUUUUGUACAAUCAUAAUCAUACUUGGAAAUUCAACAUACAAUGCAGCGGUAUGGAGCACGGAAUUAUCGCGCCUUGUCUCUCCAGUAAUGUGUCACUCUCACAACGAUUAUUGGAGACCUCAUCCUCUCUUUUCAGCGCUCGCUGUAGGCUGCGCGAGCGUUGAAGCAGAUGUAUGGCUUAGUCCAGACGGAGAAGACCUUCUAGUCGGUCAUGACAAACGAUCACUUUCCUCAAGUCGGACACUACGAUCACUUUAUAUCGACCCGCUUUUACAGAUCUUGAACUCAAUGAACCGGCCAGCGCCGUACCAAAUCUUCAAUCCCACCGCCCAAGCCUGUGGUGUCUUUGCCACAGAGCCGGAUAAAACAUUGAUACUGUUCAUCGAUGUGAAGGACGACCCAGUCAAGGCUUGGCCCUUGGUUCUUCAGCAGCUAGGGCCAUUGCGUGAUAUGAGAUACCUAUCUCGACACGACAAAACAAUGGCGACAAAUCAGACAUUCUGGCCUGGACCCAUAACCAUAGUGGGCACAGGAAACAUUAUUAAACGGCGCGACAUAAACAUUGGCACCGACCUUGAGGAAUGGCAGCAGCGCCACGAUGCUUUUCUUGACGCUCCCUUACAUUUGCUCACUGAAACAGGGUUCAGUCAAAGCAACGGGUUUUACGGUCCCUAUGAAUUGGAAGAUGAAUUCUAUACCGCCUCGGCCCCUUUCAACAAAGCCAUUGGCAGUGUUCGGACGGGCUUCAGCACUCAGCAGAUGGAAACUCUACGGAACCAGCUUCGAAUUGCAAAGCAACGAAACUUGAAGUCAAGAUUAUGGGGAUUACCUGAUUGGCCGAUAUCCUAUAGGGACUACGUGUGGAAAAUACUUAUGCAAGAGGGGAUUGAUUUACUGAAUGCAAAUGACGUCGCCAGUGUAGCGAUAAAGUAUCGGCAGUUAGGAUACCCAAGGGAAGCUGCAUAA